GAGCGGCGCGAGGGGGCGGGCGCCGCCCCCCGGCAGCGGAGCCGCCGGACGUCUUGGCAAGAUGGCGGCGCCCCUGGAUAUGGAAGCUUCGACCCUCAGCUUGGAGCUGUUGCCGACCGAUCCGUUGUUGCUUAUCCUUAGCUUCCUCGAUUACCGGGAUUUGAUGAGUUGCUGCUAUUUAAGUCGAAGAUUAAAUCAGCUAUCAAGCCAUGAUCCGUUGUGGAAGAGACACUGCAAGAAAUACUGGCUUAUUUCAGAAGAGGAAAAAAGUCAACGAAAUCAGAGCUGGAAAGCCAUCUUCAUCAGUACUUACUCUGACCUAGGAAGAUAUAUCCGAUACUAUGCUACAUUGAAAAAAGCCUGGGACGACCUAGAGAAGUACUUAGGACAGCGGUGUCCUCGGAUGAUUGGUUCUUUGAAAGAGAGCGUGCGGGAGGAAGAUCUAGAUGCGGUGGAAGCGCAAAUAGGUUGCAAACUCCCUGAUGACUAUCGAUGUUCAUUUCGUAUUCAUAAUGGACAGAAGCUAGUUGUUCCUGGUUUGAUGGGAAGCAUGGCACUGUCGAACCACUACCGCUCUGAAGACUUGUUGGAUAUCGACACAGCGGCUGGAGGUUUUCAGCAGAGGCUAGGUCUGAAGCAAUGCCUUCCUCUUACUUUUUGCAUUCAUACUGGCCUGAGUCAAUACAUGGCCCUGGAGAGUGUGGAGGGACGAAAUAAAUAUGAGAUCUUCUAUCAAUGUCCAGACCAAAUGGCUCGCAAUCCAUCUGCUAUUGAUAUGUUCAUUACAGGUACAUCUUACUUGGAGUGGUUUACAUCCUAUGUAAACAAAGUUGUAACUGGUGGUUAUCCUAUCAUCAGAGACCAGAUUUUCAGGUAUGUGCAUGAUAAAGAAUGUGUUGCUACCACAGGAGAUAUUACUGUUUCUGUGUCCACAUCUUUUCUACCUGAACUCAGUUCUGUACAUCCACCACAUUAUUUCUUCACUUACAGAAUCAGAAUUGAAAUGUCCAAAGAUGCUCUUCCUGAGAAGGCUUGUCAGCUGGACAGUCGAUACUGGAGAAUAACAAAUGCCAAAGGUGAUGUAGAAGAAGUUCAGGGUCCUGGAGUAGUUGGGGAGUUUCCAAUUAUCAGUCCAGGGAGAGUCUAUGAAUAUACCAGCUGUACUACGUUUUCCACAACAUCUGGAUAUAUGGAGGGGUAUUACACCUUCCACUGCCUCUACUACAAGGACAAAUUCUUUAAUGUCACAAUUCCCAGAUUUCAUAUGGUGUGUCCAACAUUCAAGGUGUCUACAGCACGAAUGGAAACAAAUCACAAUGAAUAUGCAGUGGAUGAAGACGAAGAUUCCACAGACACUGAUGAAUACGAAGAUCGACGUAGAGUGUUGGACAUUCCUGCACCUUCUGGACGCUGCCCGCGUCAUACCUGAUGGGAUUUUCUUCAAAACAAAAUAAACUGUUUUCAGAAGCUGAACUCUUUGGGGCUAGUGCAUAAGAAUAUUUCUGACUCUUGUAAAUGAACUUUCUGUUGCACAUCAGGGCAACUAGCAUGAAUGUUGGUGCCAGUUCUAAUAUUCAUCAGAGUAUAACUUUUUUUUUUUCCAGGUUUGGAAGUGGGGAGGGUGCUGGGGGGUGCUGGGGGGAGGGAGAGGAAGAGGAAGAGAAAGGUGUUUGGGCUUUGUUCACUUUUUUCCAAAGUGCGGAACAGCUUGUUAGUUCGAGGUAAUCAUAUCUUACAUUUUUAAACUAUUGCCUAUUUAUGAUCAUAUUGCAAAUAUGGUGUGGGGAUUUGUUUUUAUAUGAGCAUUUAAAAUUAGCAAUAGACAAGAUGGCAUAAAAGGUGUAUACUGUUGUCCUUUCUCAUGAGUUUCUACUCUUGAUAACUCCUGCUAAGAAUGAAACUUGCAGUUUGGUCUGUGGAUGCCAUUUGGGUGAGAUCAGGUGCUCUUAUGCUCUUUUUUUUU